AUGACAGCAGCAAACGAGAAGCCCCUUGUCGUGGCCAUGUCCCUGCCCGGGGCGGGCCACACCAUCCCGGUGAUGCGCGCGGCCGCCCAUCUCGCCUCGCGCGGCUUCGACGUCUGGUUCGUCACGGCGGCCGACUUUGAAUCAUCGGCACUGUCGUCGGGCAUCGCCCGCUUCUUCCCCUCCCCGAGCCCGUUUGCCCUGCACCCGGACCUCAUGGCCGGCUACAUGGACCUGCCCGAGGGUCCGGCCCGGCUGGACUUUGUGUUUCGCAACGUCUUCCUCCGAGACACCAAGCAGUACGCCGACGCGCUGCGCGGCGCUCUCGAAACGGCCAGGACGGAAACGCCCGGCAGGAGGGUCGUGGUCCUGCAGGACAUGUUUGCGGGCGGGGCGCUGCCGUUCAUCCACGGCGCGCCGCCCCCCAAGGGGUACGAGGACGAUGGCUUCCCGCCCGUCGUGUCGCUCAACGUGUCGGUGCUUUUCUGCACGAGCGCCGACGCGCCGCCCAUCGGGUUCCCUGUCGAUCCGGUCGGGCGCGAGGGGGAGGAGGUGUUGAGGCUGCAUGGGGAGUUCAACGCGGGUACUGCAGAGACGCGGGCGAUGCUCAACGGGAUCUUGGGCGAGAUGGGGUGCACGAGGCGGGUCGAGGCCCUGGCGGACGCGUGGCUCGAGGGUCCCGAUUUGACGCUGCAGCUGUGCAGUCCGGGGUUGGAGUACAGGCGGCGUGACCUCAGUCCCAAGAUCAGGUUCGUUGGUGGCCUGCCGCUCCCCGAGGGCAAAGGCGGCCCCCUGCCGGAUUGGCUUCGGGAACAUGUGGAGGCUCAACGCGAGUCGCACGCAAACGGUCAGGCAAAGAAGAGGAAGCUUGUGUUUGUAACGCAGGGGACGGUUGACAUCGACCACAGCGAGCUGCUCAUACCUGCUCUUCAGGGCCUAGGCGCAAGAGAGGACCUCUUUGUCGUUGGGGUCCUCGGGAGAAAGGGUGCCAGGCUCCCGGAGAGCGUGGAGAGCAGCUUGCCGUCUGCUAACGUCAAGGUCCUGGACUACUUUUCUUACAAUGACAUUUUGCCGCAUGCAGACGUUUUUGUUACAAAUGGCGGCUAUGGCGGCUUCAUGCACGGAGUGAUGAACGGAUCGCCCAUGAUUAUCGCAGGGGUGAGUAACGACAAAGGCGACGUGGCGAAUCGCAUGGAAAAUGCAGGAUUGGGAAUAAACCUCAGGACGGCGACACCAACCCCGGAGCAAAUCUCUGCUGCUGUCGAUCAGGUUCUCGCGGAUUCAUCCUACAAGCAGAGGGCUCUGGAAAUCAAGAAGGAGAACGAAGAGAUGGAUUCCUUUGCGAGGAUCGAGAAGGCCGUGCUGGAAGUCGCACGCUGA